UUUCUGCAUCAGUUUAUAACGUGUGGAGCCAGGAAAAUGACUUGGAAACGGGUCGUGGGUAAGCACAACACCAACAAACACAGACAACAGCACAACAGCAUGCAUCAGUACAGCAACAGGCAUCAGCACAACCACCGUUUUCAACUCAAUCUAUAUCUUCGGCGUUCAGUGGAAUGAGCCUUGACGGCUCGAGUUGUAUGCGUGGAGCUUCAACUCCAAGUACUGGUUUGUUUGCUUUCUCACCUUUUGCGCAGCAGUCGCAGUCACAGCAGCAGCAGAAUCCCUUUUACAUCUUCGGGCGUCCCCCUACUCAGCAACAGCAACAACAACAACAGCAUCAACAGCCACAACAGUUUCAGCAACAACAACAGCAGCAACAGCAACAGCCUCAACAAUCGGGUAUUAUUUUUCAACCGCCAAAUUUGCUUAACAGUACACAGAUGAAGACAACCAUUCAUUUUAACGGAGUGGAUUUUUACUCCUGGAGUUUCGAGUUUGAACUUCUGGCGCAGUCCGCCGGGCUAUGGCCGUUCUUCACAGGCGAGUUCACGUAUCCUGUUACGGGAACACAAUUGGAGCAGCAAAUUUUCUUACAGUUCUUGUUCUGAACUUGUCGCCAAAGGAGCAGCUCGGCGUCCGAUCGUUUCAUUCAAGUUUUACACCAGCUGAAACUUCAUGGAGCCAUUUGAAGGGGGUAUACAUGGCAAAAGAUACAAUAACUGUGAGUAAAAUACUUUCAAAUGUGCAGAUGAUGACAAACGAAAAUGUCAUGGACUACAUCAACCGCAUCCGUACACUACGAGAUCAACUGGAAAAGAGUGGGGGAUACUUCCCUCGUGAGAUGUAUCUCACCGUCCUUCUUGCUGACCUUGGAC